CAAUCACAAUAGCUCUGAAUUGGCAGUUAUAAAGAGGAGUUAAUGUCCUCUUAUUGUUUGUCAAACCUUUCUCUUUGUAUUAUACCUAAGGCCAAAACUGGCAUGGAUCAUUCCUCUGAGAUUUCUAAUAUCACAGUGAUCCACACUGACUUGGACCAUCUAGAGACUGAGGAGGAAGAAAGGGAAGAGUCUGAACUAGCAGAUGAAGUGGAUGAGGAUAUUGGCAUGGGAGGUGAGGAUAGAACAACAGGAAAGCAGACAUCUGGCAACCAAAUUUCUGCAUCUGAUUUACAAAAGAAAGCAAAAUUGGCCCCACUCAUAGUGCAUGUAAACCCGGGAGAAUGGGGCACAAAGUUUAUGGAUAAUGCUAAUGAUACAGAGCCUAAAGAAAUGGAAGCUCCAAACAAAGAUCUCGAUAAAGAGGUAGAAAAGGAGCUGGAACAAGUGUCUGAAUUACAGGCUGAGGUUGAGUCACCUGUGGCAACUGAACACCGACCUCAGACUGAACUACAAACUCAAAACAGACCACAAAGCAAUGCUGAAUUUUUUUCAGUAACUACCAGGGAACAUAAAGAACAGCCAUGUUUGUCUGUUUAUGAGCAUCAAUCUCAAGUGGCAAAGGCAAGAGCUGUAGAAAAACAAGUUGAGGGGAAAUCAGAAAUUCUCUGUAAAGACCCAAAAACAAGAGUUUCAAUAAAGAUGGAGGAUAAGCCAAAGGAACAUUCUGAGGAGGGACAAUGUGCAGAGAAAAUAGCUGAGCAGGAACUGGUGGCAUCUUCUAAGAAGGUAGCUCACCUGAAGCAGGUGCCCCCAGUUGUGAUGCAGAAAGAGGAAGUGAAGCCUCCAAAGAGAUGUACAUUCGAUCAGAUUGAGACGAAGGUUUACAGUCCUGAUCGUACAGACUGGGAGAUCUCUCUCUAUGUAAAGGUACUCACACAUGUCACGAGUAAAUACUAAAUCACCAGACUUAAAUUUAACUUUCUCUUAUAAAAUAACAGUGAAAUAAAAAGUACAAAGUAAUAAUAAAAAGUAUAGUUAGAGUAAUUUACCACUUUGAUGCCUUAAAUGACAUUUGUACCUUCUGACCAAUCAGAUUUCUGAAUUUCUUUACCUACUGCACCUGUUACAUGUAUAUACUUUUGACUCUAUAUGGUAUAUACUAUACUAUUAAAGGCUUCCACUGCGGCUAGCUGAAACUUGGACAACAAAGCAUCCUGUUAAUAUUUUAAU